GCUCCAGCGCAGCUUGCGGGCUCUGAAUCGAAAGGGGCGACUCGCGAUGAGGGCCUUCCCAUCAGCGCUGAAGGCAGCCCGCGGCCUCGUGCAGCCGCGGGCCUUUGCGGCGGCAGCCCCGGCGGCCAGCGCUGGCAAGGUCUCGCAGGUCAUCGGCGCCGUGGUGGAUGUGCAGUUUGAAGCAGCCCUGCCGCCCAUUCUGAACGCGCUGGAGGUGCAGGGCUUCGAGCACCGCCUGGUGCUGGAGGUGGCGCAGCACCUGGGUGAGAACAUGGUGCGCACCAUUGCCAUGGAUGGAACUGACGGCCUUACUCGUGGGCAGAAGGUCGUUGACACUGGCGCGCCGAUUACCGUGCCAGUCGGGGAGCAGACGCUUGGACGCAUCAUGAACAUCAUCGGUGAGCCGAUUGACGAGUUGGGCCCCAUUGAAACGAAGAAGUUCUACGCCAUCCACCGGCCUACUCCCACCUUCACGGAGAUGAACACCACAGCUCAGCAGCUGCUGACCGGCAUCAAGGUGGUGGACCUGCUGGCGCCCUAUGCCAAGGGCGGCAAGAUCGGACUCUUCGGCGGAGCCGGGGUGGGCAAGACGGUGGUGAUCAUGGAACUGAUCCACAACAUCGCGCUGAAGCACGGCGGCUACAGCGUCUUCGCGGGCGUAGGAGAACGUACCCGUGAGGGGAAUGACUUGUACCACGAGAUGAUGGCCAGCGGUGUCAUCAAGGAGAACAAGGCGCCCGGCUCCAAGGCGGCGCUGGUCUACGGCCAGAUGAACGAGCCCCCUGGCGCACGUGCACGUGUGGCCCUAACGGGCCUCACCGUGGCCGAGUACUUCCGCGACGAAGAGGGACAGGACGUGCUGCUAUUCGUCGACAACAUCUUCCGCUUCACCCAAGCGGGCUCUGAGGUGUCUGCCCUGCUGGGCCGUAUCCCCAGUGCUGUCGGCUAUCAGCCCACCCUGGCCACCGACUUGGCGUCGCUGCAGGAGCGCAUUACCACCACGCAGAAGGGCUCCAUCACCUCGGUGCAGGCGGUGUACGUGCCGGCGGACGACUUGACGGACCCGGCUCCUGCCACCACCUUCGCGCACCUGGACGCCACCACGGUGCUGUCGCGCCAGAUCGCGGAGCUGGGGAUCUACCCGGCGGUGGACCCCCUGGACUCCACCUCCCGAAUGUUGGACCCGUCCAUCGUGGGCCAGCGGCAUUACGACAUCGCCCGAAGCACCCAGAAGAUCCUCCAAGACUACAAGUCUCUGCAGGACAUCAUUGCCAUCCUGGGCAUGGAUGAGCUCAGUGAGGAAGACAAGCUCACUGUGGCGCGCGCCCGCAAGGUGCAGCGGUUCCUGUCGCAGCCCUUCUUCGUGGCGGAGAUCUUCACGGGGACCCCGGGCGCCUUCGUGGACCUCGAGACCACGAUCAAUGACUUCGAGGAAGUGCUUGCGGGCAACUGCGACGACAUUCCGGAGGCGGCCUUCUAUAUGAUCGGCGGCAUGUCGGACGUGAAGGAGAAGGCAGCCAAGCUGGCGGCGGUGGCAGCUGGCAACUGAGUGUUCCGGCGUCCGAGUUGGGACUCAUGGGCUCACAAGUUACAGGUGUA